GGCCUCCCUGCGCUGGAUGGGAGCUGGAGCCGCUGUGGUAGAGUUCCCGGCGCAGGGCGGGGAGCGGGAUCUAGUUCACUCCCGGAUUCCGGGCUUCCUCACACGCGCCGGACUGGAAAGUUUCUCAAGCCGGAGAUAGAGCGCUGUGUGUGUGUCCAUAAUCUCCCCGGCUGCCGAGGGGUUAAUCCCGGGGAAGGAGAAGAAGGGAUCCAGCUGUAGCAGCAGCAGGAGGAGGAGGAGGAGGUGCUGGUUGGGGGAUCGAGCCUGGAAGCCCCGGGUCUGAGCGGGCACAGUGAGCCGGGCACAGCCGGACUAACAUGAUGAGCUCGGGGAGUGGCGGAGGAGUUGGAGCCGGAGGAGGCGGCGGGGAGGUGGUCUGCUCGGGAUGGCUCCGUAAAUCACCGCCAGAGAAAAAGUUGAAACGCUUUGCAUGGAAGAGAAGAUGGUUUGUACUUCGCAGUGGACGUCUAACAGGAGAUCCUGAUGUACUAGAGUAUUACAAAAAUGACCAUGCUAAGAAACCAAUUCGUAUUAUUGACUUAAACUUGUGUGAGCAGGUUGAUGCUGGAUUAGCAUUCAACAAAAAGGAAUUUGAAAACAGUUAUAUUUUUGAUAUAAAGACCAUUGAUCGAGUAUUUUAUCUUGUGGCCGAAAGUGAAGAAGAAAUGAAUAAGUGGGUUCGAAGCAUAUGUGAUAUCUGUGGGUUCAAUCCUACUGAUGAAGAUGUUGUGAAACCACACAGCGUUCCUAUGAGUGUGCCCACUGAGGUUUCUUUGCCUGUAAGUUCAGAACCUUCUAGCCAAUCAUCACUCCAUGGACCCCUUCCUCCCCCCUAUCAGCUUAUCAACGUCCCAUCUUUGGAACCUUCCAUUAGCCAAGAAGAUCCCCAGGACUACCUGCUAUUAAUCAACUGCCAAAGCAAGAAACCAGUUCCCUUUAGGAAAGAUUCUUCAUCCAUAGCAUCAGAAGAUGAAUAUCUACUACUAGAAGAUUUUGAAAGCAAAAAGGUUUCUUGGCAAUCACAUAUAGAUUCUGCAAAGUCAACCACAUCUGAAACGGACUGCAAUGACAACGUCCCUUCACACAAAGGUUCCAAAAAUGCAGUCAAUGGGUACUUCCAGCAGCCUAGUGUUUAUGACUCUCCAUCUCGCACAGGCUCAACCUCCACAGAAGCCAGUUUCUAUAAUCUUCCCAGAAGCUACUCUCAAGAUGUUUUAACAAAAGCUGUUUCUCCAUCUGGUACAGAUGCAGAAGUGGAUUCAAAUGUUUUUAACAUGUCUGGGGCUUCCCUGUUAGAAGGACAGUUUAGGAAUUUAUCAAUAAGCUAUGACAUCCCCUCUACAUCUGCAAGUUCGUACCAAAUACCCAGAACGGUUCAUGAAGGCUUUGUGGGGCAACCUUCAUCAAAAUUAGAGACUGUUUCAAAUGUUCCACCACCCAGACCUCCAAAACCUCAACAUUCGUCGGAACGGUCCCCAUGUGAGUUUGGUCUUACCCGCACUGCUUCAGAGACUGACAAUAACUACUGUGUUCCUUCAUCUGGAAUAUCGGCACCUCGUAGUAAUACUAUUUCCACAUUAGAGUUAAGCAAAUAUAGGAAAGAUAUGAGUUCUCAAGAUUUCUAUGAUAUACCAAGGCCAUUUACUAGUGACAGAUCCAGCUCACUUGAGUGCUUUCACAGCCAUUUUAAAAACAAAAGCAUGUUGGCAGUUGGAAGUUUUUCCAAUGAAGAAUUAGAUGAAAACUAUGUACCCAUGAACCCAAACUCUCCUCCUCGACAGCAUUCCAACAGCUGUACUGAACCCAUCCAGGAAACUAACUAUGUCCCAAUGACUCCAGGCACGUUUGAUUUUUCAGCGUUUGGAAUGCAAGUGCCACCUCCAGCUCACAUGGGUUUUAGAUCCAGUCCAAAGACAUCUCCUAGAAGGUCUGUGCCAUCUACAGACUGCGAACCUCCACCAGUGAACCGAAACCUAAAGCCUGAUAGGAAAGGUCAAAGUCCUAAAAUUUUAAGACCUAAACAUCAAGGUUUAGAGCGAACAGAUUCACAAACCAUAGGUGACUUUACCAAAAGAAGAAAGGCAAAGCCAGCACCUUUAGAAAUAAUGCCUUUGCCUGAGUGGGAAGAAUUGAAUAUGCAGACACCAAUUCGUUCACCAGUAACGCGAAGUUUCACUCGAGACUCCUCCAGGUUCCCCAUGCCUCCCAGGCCGGAUUCAGUUCAUAGCACAGCUUCCAGCAGUGACUCACUGGACAGUGAAGAAAAUUAUGUACCCAUGAACCCAAAUCUAUCUACUGAAGAUCCAAAUUUGUUUGGAAGCAGUAGUCUUGAUGAUGGGAACAGCCCCUUGGUGAAGCCUAAAGGAGACAAGCAGGUGGAAUAUUUGGACUUGGAUCUAGAUUCUGGGAAAUCCACACCACCAAGAAAGAAAAAGAGCAGUGACUCUGGAAGCAUUGCUGCUGAUGAAAAGGUGGACUACGUUGUUGUUGACAAACAGAAAACGAUUGCGCUACAGAACACACGGCGUGCAUGGACUGAUGGGAGACAGUCUACUGAAUCGGAAACUCCAACCAAAAGCUUAAAAUAAAUGCUUCCAGUAUCUAAAAAGUUCUUUGCGGUGGAAAUAGAGCUGUCUAUGGAUUGUCACAACAUACAAUGUCUUUUAUGAUAUAUUCUAGAAACAUGGAUAGAUCAAUGAGACAAAAACUGAUAUGUGCAUUGCCCUGUCUGUAGAGUUUUGACUAUGUAAAUACUGUACCAUACAAACUUACUGUCUAGCAAGAACCAUUUGUUUAACACAUUUAGCCAUGUUUUGUAGUAUUACUAUGUUUAUGCACUUUUGCUGUUCAAACAAUGGUUCUUGUUCUUAACACCUUAAUCCUCAUUUAGUUGGUAACAGCUUAUUCAAACAGUUUUAUUUCACACACUAACACACACACCUAAACCAUUGAAACACCAGAGAGGCCUCUCAUAUGCAGGAUAACACUAUACAAGCCCUUGAUGAUUAAAAGUAGCUAGUGCAGUAAUACAUUUUUCGGUAGGCCAGUUGAAUUAGUAUAACUUUUGCCUUUUAAUUUGGUUAUUCUGCUUUGUGAUCUGUGCUUUUAUAGAAAGAAAUAUUUUUUAUUCAUAAAGAGCUUGUUAAUAAUUAGUAAUUGGUAUCAUCUGCAAUGUUGCCAAAUUAUAAACCACUUGCUCAUAUCUAAGAUCAACAUAUUUUUUAUUUUUAUUUUUACUUUUGUACAGGCGAUGUGAUUUACAGUUUUAUGUUCACUAUAAUGCAUUAUUAAAAAAGUGCUUUUAUUUCCCCUGCCCCCAAAAUUAGUCUUUGAGGGGCAAAGGGCUGGUGCUCCUUAAAAUAUUAUAUUAUAAAAUAACAUUCUUUCUUGUUAAUGAUCAGCUUUAGAACAAAUUGUAGGAAAACGGUUUUAAGAGUAAAAGCUUCCAGAGGUGACAUUAAAAAUAAUACUUUUUAAAUAAUAUUUAACACAAAUGUAAUUACUUGGUAUUGGAUUUAGCAAUGUUAGUCCUUUCUCCGGCAGUGUAUUUUUAUUACAUGAUCUAUGUUAGGUGUAGAUUCUGCAGGGUAGAAUCUUACGACCAGGGAGUGAGACUAAAAGAAUUUAAUGGCGUCAUAUGUUAAAUAGCAUUUUUUUUUUACAUUACUUACAGAAGCUAGAUAUAAUAUUAAUCAGGUACGUAUGAAGCACUGUUGUGCUAACACACUGAUCAGGUUUUUACAAUGAAGUUAAAGCAUGGCUUGUACAAAUUCUAAUAUUGUAAUGUUUCAUUAAGACAGCUGCCAUUAACUUUUCUAGUACUAGUACAAUACUGUGAUUUUUAUUUUAUGUAGCCAAGUAUAGGAUUUGGACACCACUGUGCCCUUCGCAUUGACUCCUCUGUUCCUUUAACACCUGCUUUGCCUUAUAUUUAAAUCUCCUAUGCAACUUAUUUUAUAUGAACAUUUAAUUGAUACGAGUGACUGAUAUCUUUUUU